UUUCUGCAACAGUCCAUUAAAGACGGAACGAUUAAAGAAGAAGAUACUGAAGGUGUUGAAGUAGCAGUGCAAUGUAUUGGUGAAGCUUUUGGUGUGAACAUCGAAGAUCCUGAUCAAAAAACACUUUAUACCACGAAGGCUCCCUUGCUAUCAAUUUUUGAAGUAGCUGUAAAAACUCAAGAACGAAUAACUAAGGCG